CGAGGGGUGGUUGCGUGUUGUGAGCUUCCACACUGAUCGAGGGUUUAGGGUUUUGUCCUCCCUCCCCUCCUCUCUCCGCGCUCCCCCCGCCGCCGCCAUGGCUGGGGUGGAGGACGAGGACGAGUACAAGGACGCCCUGGGGGCCGCGGAUCCGCCGCCUUCGUCGCCGUCGCCCACCUCCAAGCCCAAGCCCGCCGCUGCUGCUGGUGGCGGUGGCGGUGGCCUCGGGAGGAGGCUCUUCGCCUCCAUUCCUCUCCCCGCCUCUCUCUCCGCGGCGAUCGGCCGGUUCUCCAGCCCCAAGCCGCCGGCGCCCAACGUGGGCCUCGGGCUCCUGCUCCACGCGGGCCCCGCUACCCCCGCCGACGGCAGCGGCACCCCUGCCUCCGACGCGGCGUCGGCCAUCAGCAGCCCCCACCUGCCCCCAUUGGUUUCUCUCCAGCCUCAGCACGGGGAGGAUCGGGUUGCUGGGCUUGGCGCAGGUAUGGGGGAGGAGGAUCUAGGGCUAGUACCGGCGGAGGAGCAAGUGUGGCCUACAGCUGAAGAUCGGGAGAAGGAAGGUCUUGCUGUUGAUGAGUGCUCUGCGAACAGAAAUGAUUUCUCUUUGCUUGGUCAGGAGGAGGGGGAGCAGUGCCAAGGUGAUGAAUUGGGGACAGCCGUGGACGGUUGCAUGGUCCAAGAUCAAGAGGAGGUGGUGGAGCAAGAAGGGGCCACUGAGGAUUGUGCUGCUGUAGUGGAAGAUCAGAGUAACAACGCUGCAGUAGAGCAAUGUGCUGGUAAUGAAACAAGGGCAGUCAAGGAUGACAAUGCUGUGGAAGUAAAUGAGAAGGUGACAGAGCAAGAAGGUGCUGUUAGCAUACUGGAUGCUGCCGAGGAUGGUGUUGCUGUGGCAUCGCAAGAGGAAGAGGAGGAUGUGGUGGUGGCAGAGCAAGGUGAGGAUGUCAUUUCUGUACAAGAUCAACUUGAGGUGGUGGAGCUGUGCACUGGUGAUCAAUUGAGAACAACCACAGAGGAUAAUGCUGGGCGAGAUCAAGAUUUGGUGAAGCAGGAAGAGGCAACCGAGUAUUACACUACUCUGGAAGCUGUAGAACAAUGCACCAAUGAUGGGUCAAAAGAAGUGAAAGAUGGCAAUAUCGUGGAAGAAGUGGAGAGGGCGGUGGAACUAGAAGGUGCUCCUGGCUUACUGGAUGCAGCCAAGGAUGGUACUCCUGUGGAAUUGCAAGAGGAGGAUGUGGUGGUUGCAGAGCAAGAGGAGGAUGAGGAUGUCAUUUCUGUACAAGAUCAGCAUAAGGUGGUGGAUCAGUGCUCUGGUGAUCAAUUGAUAACAGCCACAGAUGAUAAUGCUGCACAGGAUCAAGACGUGAUGAAGCAUGAAGGUGCAACUGAGUAUUACAUUGCUGUGGAAGCUGUAGAACAAUGCACUAAUGAUGGAUCAAGAGCAGUCAAGGAUGGCAAUGUUGUGGAAGAAAAGGACAAGGUGGCGGAGCAAGUAGUUGCUGUUGGCAUUCUGUAUGCAGCUAAGGAUUGUGCUACUGGGGAAUCACAAGAGGAGGGGGAUGUGGUGGUGGCAGAGCAAAGUGAGGACAGCAUUUCUGUGCAAGAUCAACAUAAGGUGGUGGAGCUGUUCACUGGUAAUCAAUUGAAAGCAUCCGCAGAUGAUAAUGCUGCGCAAGAUCAAGAAGUACUGGAGCAAGAAGGGGCAACUGAGUAUUACACUACUUUGGAAGCUGUAGAAGAAUGCACCAAUGAUGAAUCAAGAGUAGCCAAGGAUGGCAAUGUUGUGGAAGAAAAGGAGAGGCCGGUGAAGCAAGAAGGUGCUGUUGGCGUACUGAAUGCAGCCAAGGAUGACAUUAUUGUGGAAUUGCAAGAGGAGGAUGUAAUGGUGGCAGAGCAAUGUGAGGGUGACAUUUUUGUACAUAAUCAAGAUAAGGUGGUGGAGCUAUGCACCAGUGGUCAAAUAAAAACAACCGUGGUUGAUAACGCUGCAGAAGGUCAAGAGGUGGUGGAGGAAGAAUGUGCCAUUGUUGAUAGGGAUGUGGCAACAGAUGACAUUGCUGUUGAAGAUCAAGAGAAGGAAGUGAAACAAUCUGCUGGUGACGAAUCAAGAGCAACCAAGGAUGGAAAUGCUGUGGAAGUUAACGAGAAGAUGGUGGAUCAAGAAGAUGUCAUUGACAAACAUGGUGUGAUCAAGGAUGGCAAUGGUGUGGUGUUACUAGAGGAGAACAUCGUAGUGGUUGUAGAGCAAGGUGGGGAUGCCAUGUCUCUACCAGACGUGAGUAAUGUGGUGGAACAGUACACCAUUGAUCAACCGAGAGCAACCACUGAUGAUAAUGCUGCAGAAAAUCAAGAGAUUGGGGAGCAAGGUGCUGUUGUUGAAAGGGUUGUGACCACGGAUGGCAUUGAUAUUGAAGAUCAAGAGAAGGAAGUAGAGCACUCUUCUGGUGACGAAUUGACAUCAACCAAGAAUGAGAAUGGUGUGGAAGAUAACGAGAAGGUGGAUCAAGAAGAUAUAAUUGACAAACAAGGUGUAAUCAAAGAUGGCAGUGGUGUGGAUUCACAAGAGGAGGACGUGGUGGUUACAGAGCAAGGUGGGGAUGGCAUCUCCGUACGAGAUGUGGGUAAUGUGAAGCAAUACACCAGUGAUCAAAGAACAACCAUGGAAGAUAAUGUGGUAGAAUGCCAAGAGGUGGUGGAGAAAGAAGGUUCCAUUUUUGAAAGGGGUGCGACUGCAGGUGGCACUACUGUUGAAGAUCAAGACAAGGAAGUGGAGCAAUCUGCAGGCGACGAAUCAAGAGCAACCAACGAUGAGAAUGGUGUGGAAGAUGCCACUGACAAACAAGGUACAGCUAAGGAUGGCAGUGGUGUGGAGUCACAAGAGGAUGAGGAUGUGGUGCCUGCAGAGCAAGGUGGGGAUGACAUUUCUGUACGAGAUGAGGGUAAUGUGAUGGAGCAAUGCACCAGUGAUCAACAGAGAACAACCCCAGAUGAUAAUGCUGCAGAAGAUCAGGAAGUGGUGGAGCAAGAAGGUGUUGUUAGCAUAUUGGGUGCAGCCAAGGUUGACAUUGCUGUGGAAUCUUUGCAAGAGGAGGACAUUGUGGUGGCAGAUCAAGUUGAGGAUGGUGUUUCUGUACAAGAUCAAGAUAAGGUGGUGGAGCAAUGCACCAGUGAUCAACUGAGAACAAGCACGUAUGGUUAUGCUGAGGAAGAUCAGGAGGCAAGGAGGGAGAAUAUUGGUUUCUCUGCAGGAUACCCACAGAGGCCUGGUAAACUGAACUGCCGUUUUUACAUGUUAAACGGGAGCUGCUCAUAUGGGUCAUCAUGCCACUUCAAUCAUCCACAGCUCAAAGCAAAACUGGAAGUUUCAAAUUUCCCAUCUGAACAAAGAAAUCGUGAAGUUGAAUUUCUGGAACUGAAUCGUGUUGGCCUUCCCAUUCGAGAAGGAGCAAGGAAGUGUACCUAUUACAUGCGUAAUGGUACGUGCAGAUAUGGAAAGAAAUGUUGUUUCAACCAUCCAGAGCAAGUCCUUGAUGCUCAACUUCACAUGCCAACAGGGUGGGAUGAUACUAACUUGCAAUCGUCACCGCACUCAAAGAAAUCAACUGAACAUGCAACCAUAAAUGAUGUAUCAUCUGGCUCAGAGAUUCUUCCUUCGGAGAUUCUUCCUCCAAAUGGCUCAGAGAUUCUUCCUCCAAACAUACUUCGAAUGCUUUUACCUCCUCAGAAUGUGCCUCCUUGUACAGAAGAAAAAGAAAUGAAGGUGAAGAAGGAUCCUGAUUGGUCAUCUGCUUCAGAUGAUUCUGAUGGCUGCUGUUCGGCAGACAGUUCAGGUGGGCCUUUGUGCAAGCAGGAACACGUGGACUAUCCUGAGAGGCCUGAAUGCCCUUUCCUUCAGAGAUUUGGUAAUUGUAAGUUUGAAUCAGCAUGCCAAUAUUACCAUCCAAAAGACAAAUUCCCAAGUAGACACCAUCCAAAAGACAAAUUCCCAAGUAGAUACCAUUCAAAAGACAAGUUCCAAAGUAGAUACCUUCCAAAAAGAGACCCGCCACUGGCAGAACUGAAGGUUUAUCCUGACAGACCUGGUGAACCUGAAUGCCCCUUCUAUAUAAAAACUGGGUCCUGUAAAUUUAGGGCAGACUGUAAAUUUCAUCACCCAAAGGAUUUAACCCCAAGCAUGCAGGGCUCAGCAAGUCCAAAAAGGUCUGUUGCUGCUAACGAACACCAUCCAGCAGCUAGAAUCCCAAGCAUGCAGGGCGCAGCAAGUCCAAAAAGGUUGGUUGCUAACGAACACCAUCCAGCAGCUAGAAUCAUGCUACAGGACCAUAUGUACCAGCAACAAAAAUGUCCUGAGAGGCCUGGUGAACCAGAUUGCCGGUACUACAUGCAAUUUGGGAAAUGUAAAUUUCAAUCAGCAUGCAUAUUCAAUCAUCCAAAAGAUAUACUUUCAAGUGGGUGGCGUCCGGCAGCAUGCCCAUUCUACAUGAAAACUGGGACAUGCCAAUUUGGAUCAGCUUGUGAAUUUUCUCAUCCGAAAGAUCGGUGUGCAACCACAGGGGAAGCCAUUGAUGAUGGUACUGACAAUGAGCAUGAUUUUGACACAAAGUCUGAGAAUGUUCUGCAACAACAGGAAAAGACAAUAUAUCCUCAAAGGCCUGGUGAACCUGAGUGUUCUCACUACAUGAAGCAUGGCUACUGUAAAUUUCAGAAGAGCUGCAUAUUCCAUCAUCCGACAGAUCAUCUUUCAAACAAAUAGGACCGUUUCACCACUACCACUUCUGUAGCUGACUCAGGUGGGGGAUAUGACUGGCUGUGGCUGAUGAGUGGAGGAAGUUCUGAUGAUGGAACAGAAAAUGAUUGUAGGGAGCUUCAACCCUAGUCUUCUGUGAAGAGAUUGAUUAUUCUACCACGUUUGCGUCGAAUUUCUGCGCCCUAUCUGUCGUUAGAGUUCUCGUACCAGAUGUGAACUGUGGUGGCUCCCAACUCCCAGUCGCUCAUAUGCCAUAUAACGUUGCUGCGACCUCCCUGUGUUGUUAACUUGAGGUUGCGAACCACGUACUUAGCAUGCAGCUCUAGAUGCCUGCACUGACCGACCGAAGAUUGUGAUCAUGGCAAGAUUAAAAUAUCAGACCAUCUUUUGUAACGUGCGAUCUCCAUCGUUUUAUUUGUCGUUUGGAUCUUCAAGUCGCGGCCUUUA